CUCGCUCGCUCGUGCCGUUAAUUGACGUAAGGGAGCACUGCGAAAAGGCGAAGUAUUCGCAGUUUCGUCAAUUAACUCCAUUACCAAUAAUGAACAACUGUAUAACCAAUAAAAUCGGUUGACGGAAGCUCAACAAAAUCUUUACACAAUGGCAGUAACCUCACAUAGCGGAGCAUUCUAUGAAACUGAAGUUGUUUAGUCGCGGGGCGCGCGGGCUCGGUCACGGCUUGGCGAAGUUCUCAAAAUACUCGAAGAUGUCGUUUACGGAGUCUCCGGCUAAAGCUGCGUUGUGCUGCGAGGAGACGGCGGACGGGGCUCCACCAUCGUUCGCGAUGUACGAGGCCCUGAAGGACUCAUGCCAGAACAACGCGACGUUCUUCCAGCCGGACGACAGUGAGAACGGCCAACGUCUGUACCAGGGGUUCAUGACUCUCAUAGAUCACAUAGACACUGUUUGGCCGCUGGUGGAUCAUGUACGCAAGGUAGCACCGCAGUACGAUUUCGACGCGACAUCCCCCGGCAAUGGGUACAGAAGCUUCGUCUCCGUAGUGGACUCGUGCGUAUUGCACGGGUUGAAACUGAGUCGCCAAGUUUGCACGGGCAGAGACGCCUUGCUGUUCCGAAAAGGGUAUUUCGUUAGGGAAAUAGAAUCGUGCGGGCAACUCCUCGCUUCCCUUGGCACGUGCUUGCACCAUGUUCACACUUUGCUAUCAUGGGCGCCUCCGGGAGACCUAUUCCCGUCCGAGGCACGGUCGCCUGAGGAGCUGUUCUCACAGGCUGAUACCAUCAAUCAGUACUGCUUCUACGGUCGAGCUCUGGGCUUCCAGUUCCUACCCUCAAUGCGCGGCAUCCUAAAAGGCAUAUCGAUCUGCAUGGCGGGCUUCUCCGAAGGCUACUACAGUCACGGCAACCUGAUCAGCUCAGUGUGGACGGGCGGGCAGUAUCUGAUCGACCCGGAGAUGCGAGCGCGGCGGAUAGUCAACAUAUCGCAGUCGGCUAGCGUCGAGUUCUGCAAGGCGUUCUGGUUCCUGGCUGAGAGCGAAAUAAUGAAACGCGUGCCCAGCCUAAUGUCCUCAACGGUCGCCGUCAACAAAGUGAUCACCAUACCACCCGAACCUGUGACGGUGACCACCACAGAAGGAAAGGAGCUGACCGUCCUACCACCCACCGUUCAUUUAGGGCUACAGAGCCUAAACGUCAGGCUUAUUAGUGUUAAUAAGAGAAUUGGUAUGAGUGGCGAAGGCACAUCAUCUCUCCCAGCAGCCGAAGGCGUCCUUUUCCACUGUCACGGCGGCGGUUUCGUGGCUCAAAGCUCCAAGUCUCACGAAAUGUACCUCCGAGAAUGGGCGGCGAAGCUAAACGUGCCUAUAUUGUCUGUGGACUAUAGUCUGGCACCCCAGGCGCCGUUCCCUAGGGCGCUAGAGGAGGUUUUCUACGCGUAUUGCUGGAUGCUGAAUAAUUUUAACAUUAUUGGUACUACUGGUAAAAGAAUAGUCUUCGCCGGCGACUCAGCAGGCGCGAAUCUCCUAGCGAGCUGCACUCUCAAGAUCCUAUCGAACGGGUUGAGAUGUCCAGAGGGCUUGUUCCUGGCGUAUGCUCCUUUGUUAGUGAGCUUCACACCGAGCCCCGCCAGACUGUUGUGCCUCAUGGACCCGCUACUGCCUUUUGGCUUCAUGAUGAGGUGCCUUAAAGCGUACGCGUGUCCGAACCCAAACAGUGGCACUGGCUGCGGCCACAAAAACUGCAACUGUGCUAAAACUGGCCACACUACCUCUAACGCUACGACACCUCUGGACAGCAACGGCUUUCUCAAAGUCAGUCCUUCACAAGAAGGCAUAAGCGAAGGUCCAUCAUCGUUCGAAGAGGUAUCACCAUCAGACCUUGCGGAGCUUCAAGCUCACAAGUCCGGCAGCGAGCGACGACAGUCUUCAGACACGACUAUCAGCGCUGCCUCGUUACAAAGCGAACAUACCGCCACUGGUUUCUCGCCACCCGAAGACAAGUCUCAACAAGUAGUCUCUGACUUUCUAGAGCGUUAUGUGUUGGAUAGCGACACAGACUCGGAAGGCCGUCGCAUACCCGUGAUUAAGCCCAACAUUGGACAGGAGGAGAACAGCCAUAAAGAAGCGGAGUCUGAAAACUCAAGUACACUGGUCGGUGACCUGCCAUUGGAAGAUCCAGACCGCGAGAACAAGAAAAGGAUAAAAACGCGGAUCAGCGAAGCUGCCACAGGCAUAAUGGGUGCCAUGUCAUCGCGGCUAGCGUACAUCACGGGCUCUAACAAUAUUACCAGGACAACACAGGAAGAGUUAGCAGUACGUUCGAAUUUAGACGCCCUAAUCGCGCGCAGUCCAUCCGACGAGUUCAUAUUCUCAGUGCCUCGCGAUCCGCUAUUAUCUCCGUACUGGGCAGACGACAAACUGCUGAGCCGGUUUCCGCCCUGCAGAAUAUUGACGGUACACUUGGACCCAUGCCUGGACGACUGCGUGAUGUUUGCCAAGAAGCUGAAGCGGCUUGGAAAUGUCGUCGGCAUCGACGUGCUUGAGGGACUGCCGCAUGGCUUCCUUAACUUUGCUUUAAUGGCCAAAGAAGCGAACGAGGGUUCGAAGCUCUGCGUGGAACGGAUAAAGCAGCUGCUAGACUUGGAGAGCGCGCCGCCCGACCGCCGCUGAUGACGCUGCUGCGGCACCUGCCUCGACACGGUGUAGUGCCAGCCUUAUCGUUUACUAGAGGUUAAAGAAGGACAACAUCUGAUCACCAUUGGUGCGUACUAUAUUUUGGAUCGGGGCUAGUUGAAAAGUGGCCGAUCAUUCAGUGACUCUCUUGUUUAUAGGCGCUUGUGACACUGCUCCAUACUUCGGAAUGACGUCCGUUGAUGCUGCGAUUUUACUUACUGUACAAUUUCGAUUUGAUUGAAAAAAUCGCAUAACUAACAGAUUGGCUCGAAAAUGCGUUGCGCGCCGCAUGGUAUGCUAUUAUAGCGAGCUCCACAGCGUACACAUUUUUGUACUAGUAGAUACGAUUCGUCGCGCGUCGCAGUUCGGACGAAGAUACGAAACUAUGGGAACACCGUACCGUCGUGGUUGAACGGCAUGCGAAGUCUAUGCCCCAUAGACAUAGAGAACUUUUGUCUUACGCUAGUACUGAUAGUGACUUCCGGUUAGUACUAGCAUCCAAAAGUGAGAUGUAUAAGUAUAGUUUUCUUUGCCCAUUACUGACGGAAAAGUUGUCAGCCAGAGAAGACGCGGGCGCUUAUUUCAGUUGUGUCAACUUUUGGGCGAAUCAACUUUUUGACUGACAGUUUAGCGUUUCUGACGUGACUCAAUGAGCGCAUUAGUGCAGUGAAAACGAUUACAAUAAUUUCAUAAUGCAGAGAUUGUGAAGCGUGCAUCUAAAAUAAUAAACGUCUGUUCAAAAUGUGUGAAAUCCCAUUGCAGUACUAUUUUUAAAAACAACACAGGGUUGUAAAGAGAAAUACAUACCUAUUCGGAAUUACUAUUUAUGAAUCGAUUGCUCUUGUUCCGAACAGAUGAUUGUAUUGUAAUACUUAUGUGCACUUCGGUUAUUAAAUAAUGCUCAAAAAAAGUAGUAACAGUCAAAUCUCUACAAACAGUCGUCCGCACUUAUAUCUCUUGAAUACUAUUAAUAUUGGCUACCUAUUCUAAAAUUAUAAUCGUGCCUGUUGUGUGUAUUUUUAGUAAUUAUCCAAUUCAUGCAAAAUACUUUUAACGACGUUUUUUUUUAAUUUUUUGGCAAUCGC